AUGACCCUCGACAUGUCGCCGCCUGUCCAGCAGCUUACUUCUUCCACCUCACAUUCAAACAUGACUAACACGCCCAAGGAAAGCAUGCAGGUCGACAGUCCUGCCACAGCUGUCGAGCAGCUGAAAGAGGCUUCUGGCAACAAUGGCGACAUCGACGAGUCCCUCUACAGCCGACAGCUGUAUGUGCUGGGCCACGAGGCCAUGAAGCGCAUGGGCUCCUCCAACGUCCUCGUCGCCGGUCUGCGGGGUCUUGGUGUUGAGAUCGCCAAGAACAUUGCGCUCGCUGGUGUCAAGUCGCUGACGCUGUUUGACCCCAAGCCCGCCGCCCUCGCCGAUCUGUCGUCGCAGUUCUUCCUCCACCCCGAAGACGUCGGAAAGCCACGCGCAUCAGUGACCGUGCCGCGAGUCUCGGAGCUCAACCCAUACACACCCGUGCAGGAGUUCAGCGGGAAGGACCUGACGUCAGACCUGUCUCAGCUCAAGCAGUUCCAGGUCAUUGUUCUCACAGACACGGCGCUGGACGACCAAAUCAAGAUCGCAGACUACUGCCACGACAACGGCAUCUACAUCGUCAUCACAGACACAUAUGGUCUCUUCGGAACGAUUUUCACCGACUUCGGCAAGAACUUCACCAUUGGCGACCCCACCGGCGAGAACGUCACAAACGGCAUCAUUGCAGGCAUCGAUGAGUCUGGUCUGGUAUCGGCGCUCGAUGAGACCAGACACGGUCUUGAGGAUGGUGACUGGGUCACGUUCUCCGAGGUAAAGGGUAUGGAGGCUCUCAACGGCUGCGCGCCACGGAAGAUCGAGGUCAAGGGACCAUACACAUUCUCCAUCGGCGAUGUCUCCGGACUAGGCACGUACCAGAGCGGUGGCCAGUACAUCCAGGUCAAGAUGCCCAAGAUCAUCAACUUCGAACCUUUCAGCAAACAGUUGGCCAAGCCUGAGCUCCUCAUCUCCGACUUCGCAAAGUUUGACCGACCACAACAGCUACACGUCGGUAUCCAGGCUCUGCACAAGUUUGCGAAACAGCACAAGGGAGAGUUCCCACGACCACAUCACGAGGCCGACGCUGUAGAAGUUUUCAAGCUUGCACAGGAAAUCGCCAGCUCAGGAGCCGAAAAGGUUGAGCUCGACGAGAAGCUAAUCAAGGAGCUGAGUUACCAAGCACGCGGUGACCUUAGCCCUAUCGCAGCAUUCUUCGGUGGCAUGGCUGCACAAGAGGUUCUGAAGUCUGUCUCUGGAAAAUUCCACCCCAUUGUCCAGUUCCUCUACUUCGAUUCGCUGGAGUCGAUACCUUCAUCUACAGCCCGUUCGGAGGAGCAAUGCGCUCCGAUUGGCUCGCGUUACGAUGGCCAGAUUGCUGUGCUCGGUCAGGAGUACCAAAAGAAGAUCAGCAACAUGAAGCAGUUCCUUGUCGGUGCCGGCGCCAUUGGCUGCGAGAUGCUCAAGAACUGGGCAAUGAUGGGUCUCGGCAGUGGGCCGGAUGGAAAGAUCACCGUUACGGACAACGACCAAAUCGAGAAGAGCAACUUGAACCGACAAUUCUUGUUCAGACCGGCAGAUGUCGGUAAGCUGAAGAGUGACGCUGCUGCAAAGGCGGUGCAGGCGAUGAACCCGGAUCUCCAAGGCAAGAUCGUAACGCUGCAGGACAAGGUUGGCCCAGAAACUGAGCACAUCUUCAACGAGACGUUCUGGAACGAGCUAGAUGCGGUCACAAAUGCUCUUGACAAUGUUGAGGCGCGCACAUAUGUCGAUCGACGAUGCGUCUUCUUCCGCAAGCCUUUACUUGACAGUGGUACUCUCGGCACAAAGGGCAACGUCCAGGUUGUGCUGCCAUUCAUCACCGAGUCAUACUCCUCGUCACAGGAUCCACCAGAGAAGUCAUUCCCCAUGUGUACAUUGCGAAGUUUCCCUAACCGCAUCGAGCACACCAUUGCCUGGGCGCGUGAGGCUUUUGACUCGCUGUUUGUCAAGGGACCGGAGGUUGUCAACCUCUAUCUCACACAAACUGACUACCUCGGCGCAUCGCUGAAGCAGUCGGGUAAUGAGAAGCAGACUCUGGAGACACUCAAGGAGUUCUUGGUGACUGAGAAGCCAUUGUCGUAUGAUGACUGCAUCAUCUGGGCCCGCCACCAGUUCGAGAAGAGCUACAACCACCAGAUCGCUCAACUGCUUUACAACUUUCCCAAGGACUCUACAACCGGCUCUGGCCAGAAAUUCUGGUCCGGACCAAAGCGUGCGCCAGACCCAUUGAAGUUCGACCCCAACAACGAGACGCACUUCACAUACGUGGAGGCAGGUGCGCAUCUGCACGCAUUCAACUAUGGCAUCAAGCCAAACGCGACGCGGGAGCACUACAUCGAGGUUUUGAACGACAUGAUUGUUCCAGACUUCAAGCCAGACCCGACCGUCAAGAUCCAGGCCAGCGAUUCCGAACCUGAUCCGAACGCCAGCCAGGCUGCAGGCGGCGGUGACGAGAACGAUUCAUUGAACCACAUCAUCAACCAGCUUCCGGCACCUAAGUCGCUGGCUGGAUUCAAGCUAGAGCCUGUAGAGUUUGAGAAGGACGACGAUUCCAACCACCACAUCGACUUCAUCACAGCAGCUAGCAAUCUCCGGGCGGAGAACUACAAGAUCGAGACGGCAGACCGCCACAAGACCAAGUUCAUUGCCGGCAAGAUCAUCCCUGCCAUCGCUACCACGACGGCGCUUGUCACUGGUCUUGUCAACCUUGAGCUGUACAAGAUCAUCGACGGCAAGACUGAUAUUGAGCAAUACAAGAACGGCUUCAUCAACUUGGCGUUGCCGUUCUUCGGUUUCAGUGAGCCUGUUGCCAGCCCCAAGGGCAAGUACAAGGGACCCAAUGGCGAAGUCACCAUCGACAAGCUAUGGGACCGAUUUGAGGUGGAAGACAUUACUCUGCAAGAAUUUGUCAACCACUUUGAGAAGCUGGGCUUGUCGAUACAGAUGGUCAGCUCUGGUGUGAGCUUGCUCUACGCGUCUUUCUAUCCGCCAUCCAAGUUGAAGGACCGGAUGAGCAAACUUGUCGAACAUGUCAGCAAGAAGCCAGUGCCAGAGCACCAGAAGAACGUCAUCUUUGAGAUUACGGCAGAAGACCAGGAUGAGGAGGAUGUCGAGAUCCCAUACGUCAUGGUGAAGUUGAAGUAGAUCAUUGCGGAGAGAGAGGAAGUUGGGAGCCGCAUCAUGGCGAUGAGGAAACUACAUAGACGCGUGUGAAUGGACGAAUAGAGAUUCUACU